AUUGUCCCUCGCUGUUUGCCGUACCACAACACGGAAGUGACGGCUCCAGGAGCGACACAACAAACCCAGAUUUAAAACAAGUGAAUGAAACACGCACUAACUUCUGUAACUAGCUCCACAGUGACGUUAUUAAACUAAUGUGUGUUUCACUAGCACAGUUCAAAUCCAUGUUUCAUUUCCCCAGCCUACUUCCCUGCGUUGUUAAAGGGCAGCUAGCGAUGCUACAUAGUUAGCUCACCAGUUAGCUCACCAGUUAGCCGCGGUGCCGGUGGAGAAGUUGUACAUGUUGGUGAAAUGGUGCAGAGCAUGUUUCGGACCGGGUUCCUGGUUCGGGCCGGUCACACGCUGCUCACCUGGGUCACGACCCUCAUCCUGUUCCUGCACGACACUGAUCUGCGGAGGUGUGAGGAGCGAGGAGAGCUGCUGCUGCCGCUUCUCUUCUUCUUCCUGGUCGUGAUGUCCGUGCUCUUAUACUUCGCUGUUUCUCUGAUGGACCCUGGCUUCGUUCUCACUGACACUGUCAAGGGGGUGGAGGGUUCAAAUGAGGAAAUGGAAUCAAUGAUUCCUCAGACUUCGACCCCCCCUCGGCUUCGGCGCUGUGGAUACUGUCUGCUGCAGCCAAUGAGAGCGAAGCACUGUCAGUCGUGUCAGCACUGUGUCCGCCGCUUCGACCACCACUGUCCCUGGAUCGAGAACUGUGUGGGAGAGAGGAACCACCGCUGGUUCAUCGUGUACCUGCUGGUGCAGCUGCUCGCUCUGCUGUGGGCUCUGCACAUCGCUCUGUCGGGGAUUUCCCCCGGCGCCACGUGGGAGCUGUGGUUCCGGGUGAACGGGUUCCUGCUGGUGGCGCUGCUGGUGGUGGGGGUUUUCUCCGUGGUGGUGGCGCUGCUGCUGGGCUGCCACCUCUACCUGGCCUCCAUCAACUGCACCACCUGGGAGUUCAUGUCGCGCCACCGCAUCUCGUACCUGAAGAACUGCGAGUACGAGGAGAACCCGUUCGACCGCGGCUUCUUCUGCAACCUGCUGGACUUCUUCUGCAUCUGCAGGACGGUGAUGUGGGAGCAGGUCUACAAGAGAAACACUCUGAAUCCAGCCUGACUCUGGUUUUUAGAACUCAACUACCAGAUGGAGCCAAAUAUUUUACUAUUAUUUCUACGGUCUUUGUACGAUUUUGUAUUUAUUGACAACGAGAGAACAUUAAAACACUGAUGAUACACAUGUAAUAGAUUUCAUCUGCACACACUGACAGUCCAGGUCAGUUGACACAUUAAUACAGAACUGACACACAAGUAACAUGUAACAUUCAGCAGCAUUAACAUAAAGUGCUACAGCAGCUAAACCGGUGCCUGUUGGUUGCUCAUGGACACUUCAGCAGGACACAUGGACACGAGGGGACAUUCUGGACUGAAGAGCAACUUGCAGCUUGAAUACAUUUUCAGAUUUGCCCUCACAACUCUAAAACUAAUAAGAAACGUUAGUCACUUUAUUUUAUGUGUCCUGUAUUUUUCUUAUUUAUAUAUGUAAAAUUAAUUAUAUAUUUCGAAUAAAGAUCUACAUAAUUUGGUUCUGAUCGUGGAAAUGGACCAGCGAGCAUUAGAUGCUGAACUCAAUGGUUCAAAUUCUGUAUCGACCAAAGUUUCAUAGAAAGACAAAUAAACUCUCGUCCAUCCUGUUUAAAUUAAAA